GCACAUAGCACAAGUUGCAUACAUGUUAGCUUCCUUCCUUCCUUCCCCCGAUUGGCCUUCCGGAGCAGAAAACAGAGUCAAAAUCCUGUUCUCUUUCUCUCUCAGUGUCAGUGGAAGUCAAUGGAGAAUCGAGCUCUGGACCCAGGAACUCGGGACUCCUAUGGUGCCACCAGCCAUCUCCCCAACAAGGGGGCCUUGGCGAAGGCCAGGAACAACUUCAAAGACCUGAUGUCCAAGCUGACAGAGGGCCAGUAUGUGCUGUGCCGGUGGACAGAUGGACUGUAUUACCUUGGGAAGAUCAAGAGGGUCAGCAGUUCUAAGCAAAGCUGCCUUGUGACUUUCGAAGAUAAUUCCAAAUACUGGGUCCUAUGGAAGGACAUACAGCAUGCUGGUGUCCCAGGUGAGGAGCCCAAGUGCAACAUCUGCCUGGGGAAGACGUCAGGGCCAUUGAAUGAGAUCCUCAUUUGUGGCAAAUGUGGCCUGGGUUACCACCAGCAGUGCCAUAUCCCCAUAGCAGGCAGUGCUGACCAGCCCCUGCUCACACCUUGGUUCUGCCGACGCUGCAUCUUCGCACUGGCUGUGCGGAAAGGCGGCGCGCUGAAGAAGGGCGCCAUCGCCAGGACGCUGCAGGCCGUGAAGAUGGUGCUGUCUUACCAGCCAGAGGAGCUCGAGUGGGACUCGCCGCAUCGUACUAACCAGCAGCAAUGCUACUGCUACUGCGGUGGGCCCGGAGAAUGGUAUCUGCGGAUGCUGCAAUGUUAUCGGUGCAGACAGUGGUUCCAUGAGGCCUGCACGCAGUGCCUUAAUGAGCCCAUGAUGUUCGGAGACCGGUUCUACCUGUUCUUCUGCUCCGUGUGUAACCAGGGCCCAGAGUACAUCGAGAGGCUGCCCUUGCGAUGGGUGGACGUGGUUCACCUGGCCCUCUACAACCUGGGGGUGCAGAGCAAGAAAAAGUACUUUGACUUUGAAGAGAUUCUGGCCUUUGUCAACCACCACUGGGAGCUUCUGCAGCUUGGCAAGCUGACCAGCACCCCUGUGACGGAUCGAGGACCUCAUCUUCUCAAUGCUCUGAACAGUUACAAAAGCCGGUUUCUCUGCGGCAAGGAGAUCAAGAAGAAGAAGUGCAUCUUCCGCCUACGCGUCCGUGUUCCUCCCAACCCGCCAGGGAAAUUGCUGCCUGACAAGGGGCUGGUGCCCAGUGAGAAUGGCGCCUCCUCUGAGCUGCAAAAGAGAGGAAAGAGCAAGUCGAGUUUGUUGCCUCACGAAUUCCAGCAGCAGAAAAGGCGAGUUUAUAGAAGAAAAAGAUCAAAGUUUUUGCUGGAAGAUGCUAUUCCCAGUAGCGACUUCACCUCAGCCUGGAGCACCAACCACCACCUGGCCAGCAUAUUUGACUUCACACUGGACGAAAUUCAGAGUUUAAAAAGCGCCAGCUCAGGCCAGACCUUCUCAGACGUGGACUCCACGGAUGCUGCCAGCACCUCUGGCUCUGCCUCUACCAGCCUCUCCUAUGACUCCAGACGGACAGUGGGCAGUCGCAAGAGGAAGCUGGCAGCCAAAGUGUACAUGCCGCUGCGGGCAAAGCGGCGAGCGGCUGAGCUGGGUGGGCGCUGCCCCUCAGACAGCAGUGCAGAGGGGGCUUCAGGCCCUGAGCGGCCCGACGAAGGCAUCGACAGCCACACGUUUGAGAGCAUCAGUGAAGAUGACUCGUCCUUGUCCCACCUCAAAUCAUCCAUCACCAACUACUUUGGCGCAGCUGGGCGGUUGGCCUGUGGGGAGAAGUACCAGGUGUUGGCUCGGAGGGUCACGCCAGAGGGCAAGGUUCAGUACCUGGUGGAGUGGGAGGGGACCACCCCUUACUGACAAGCCCUCAGGGAGCCCAGGAAACCAAAGGAGGGAUAGCAGAAGCCACAGCCUCCCCAUUUGUCUCCAGGCUGGGGUGGGGAGGGAAGCAGGACCAGGCUGCAAGUGUCUGGCUAAAGGCCCAGCCUGCCUGCCAGAGGCCCUGCCCAAGCCUAGGCCUUUGCCGCCUCUGCUGUGCUCAUUCUGCUCUUGGGCCUUUUCAGGCUCAUUACCCCUCUGCCUGUCUCUAAGGUCCCACUGGCUAUUUCUCAGUGUCACCACAUCCCAACUCCAGCCCCUCAAACUCCUGUAUCUGUACCUCUGAAUCUGUGCCCCUCCGGCUCUGUGACCCUGUCUCCUGAGGCCUGAAUCUCUUUGUCCCUUCACCUCUCACCCCCUUUGGAUAUGUAAUAUGUGUUUACACACCCUAUAUGUGCACAUCUGUCCCUCCACUGGAUGCCCGUCACAGCUGACCCAUGGGGCAGCCAGUCCUCCCCAGGGCCACAUUAUGAGAAUGGGUGAAGGGGAUAAGAGGAUGCCUCUCAGCUUUUCUCUCCCACUUUCCUGCCAUUCCCCCCUUCCCUCUGGGAAACCCUGUGUGGCAGAGACCCUGGGAUGCUAAGGAUCUGAGGAGUGAAAAGGCUGGGUCUUUGCUUCAGAAGACACCAGCACCAGGGCCCAAUAAUUAAGGCUGAAAGUGAAGACUACAGGUGUCAGCUUCUUAGGUCACAGUUUCCUUCCCCUGACCCCACCCUAUUAGUUGCCUUGGAGCUGGGCCUGGCCUUGUUGCUGGAAUGAAGGCAUCCUUGAAACCUGAGCAACAGGUGGGGAGGGAGAGGGAAGCAGGAGGAAAGGAAGCCACGUCAUGCCAAAAUGCUGUUUCCUGUUACCCCUCCAGACCCCAUCACACAUAUAGCCAAAUACACAUACACAUUCACUCACACAAGCUUGCAUCCACAUGUGCUUUCAUCCUCCAGGCACACACCUCCACACAACCAGACACCCUAUAUCCAGGCACACACACUCAGCCCCCACCCUCCAGAUGUGUACACACGCACCUACACAUUCCCUCCAGUGCCCUGCCAGUCUGGCUCCUGCCCUUGGCUUUCCUUUGGCCUUCUUCCAAGGGCUAUGUGCUGCAACUAAAUGUGAAAGCCCAGUUCCUGGCCCUGUCUUUCAGCCCGUGAACCAGCUUUGGCCCCAUAGGUAAGCACAGGGUUCUCAUACCCUCUUCCAUGUCCCCUGCCCCAUCCUAAAAUUGACAAUCACUUUUGGGUGGGAUAGGUUGGAAUUUUUAAAGGGCCUGCAUCAUUCAGUCCCCUCAAAGGGAAGCCUUUGUCAGUGGGAGUAUAAAUAGAAUUCUUAGAAUUGACAAACUUGGUCCCAUGUGGGGGAAAACCAAAAAUGGGAAGGGAGGAAGGGACCCCUCAUUUUUGCUGCUUCCAGAGAUGUUAGAAACUGACUCACUUGAUCGGAAAAUGGAAAAGAAGUGCCUUGAAUGGGUGGCGGGGCGGGGGGGGCACCAGAUAGGGACCAGCCUUGCCAACUGCUGCUGUGGCUUCCAGCUUGGCUGGGGCCUGCAGGCUGCCAGCUGGAAGGCGAAGGUGGAUGGAGCAGCGGGAGGAGUGAUGACAGCAGUGGCAGCAGGCUUGAGGAGCUGGUUUUUCCGUUAUUAGGCCUGAUCCCCCCUCCCUCCCUUAGGGGGUCCCUGAGAUAGUUCAGAUGCCCCCUGCCUCAAACCUCAGCUCCUUCAGUGCCUUUCAAAUGGGAUCUCAUCUCCUGUGCACAGCCUAGCACCUCCCUCUGCUUCCCUGGCAUGGCCCAGGCAGGGAUGAGCUGGGGUUGGACACAGUUCAACCCCUUCUCAGCCCCACAGCUGCUGCCACUCAGGCCCAGCAGGGGUGUGGGACCUGGGAUCCAAUCUGGCUUUCUGUCUGGCUUCAGAGAGCACAGCAACUUCCCAGGCCUGCUUUCCAGGCUUCUGAGAAAGCACAGGAUGAGCAAGGUCUGUUACAGUGCAUCUGCACCUUCCCUACUUAGGCUCCAGACUCUGGGCUUGAAGAAAGGGGUGUCUUCCCCACUUGGGAAGUCAGCACAAGGCCUAGCAAGGUCACUCUGACUCCCCACCUCAGCAUUUCAUUCAUACCAGAUUUAAGAGCUGCAUUACUGCCCAUUGAUCUUAAAGUAACCCUGUGCACCUUCUAAAAGAUUUAUGGUUUGAGUUGCUGCUUUUAAUAACAUUUGUUAUAUUAAAGUUAUAAUUAAUGUGUCUGAUGUACAAUUUAAAAUUUCUUUGAAAAACUGCCUACCUUCACCCUAGUGAGUUAUCAGCUGCUGGAUAACAGGAGAUGUUGGCUUUGGUUUCUGCUCUUGGUUUCUUGGCAGUAAAGGAGGAGUGGCGGCACCACAUCCUCUUUCUGGCCAUCAUCUCAGGCCCACCACAUUCUCAGCAAUACUCUCACCCUUACCACCAGAGAGGAUGUGGAAAUUUUUUCUAUUGUAUCUUACCCAUGGAGGCAAAAAACAUGGGCUGAGGGCCACAGAGAGGCAAAAGAUGGGAAAUGAACUUAGAAACUGACCCUACUAAAAUACUUAAGUACAGACACUAUACAGCUUUACUCAGUAUACACAAGCAUGCAAUCAUAGAAAUCUGAAAUGAGUUUUAGGCCUGGCUCUGCCAUUUAUAACCCGCAUUCCUUUGGUCAGGCUCCUCUGGUUUAGUUUCCUUGCCCUUCCAAUGCCAGUGAUAACCCUUGGCGUAGCUGGUUCCCCUGCUUGUAGGGAGGGAACCCUUCACGUAUACCUGUUAAGGAUUAUUACUCUAAAAUAGACUUCUCUAAAUUGGGGCAGUUUGGAGAGAGAAAAAUAGAUGUGAUGGGGAAGGGAAAAAGUCAGCUAUAGGGAGAUGAAAACCAUGGGUUCAACUGAAAUCUGUAGUUUCAGAAGUAAAGCGUAGGCUUGAAUGAAGGGCUUCCCUGUGUUAAUAUCUGCUCUCAGAAAAGCUCAUUAACUGCAGCUCCCAGCUAUUUCCAUUGCUCCUUCUACUUCAACCUUGAACAAGACCACAAUGGGGGUCUGGGAGAAUUAUCUGGGUUGAAAUCAAUGUAAUGGAAUGAAAAGUGAAUGGCACAAGGUAUCAAGAGACCUGGCUAGUCUAAGCUCUAGUCAGCAGUUACAUAGACCCUUCUGAGAUCAGUGAGCCUACCUGGGCUGGAGAGUGCCUGCCUGGUCCUUGGUGGUCUAGGUUAGUGUUUCCAAAUUCACAAGAAAUAUUUAUCUUUGGAAUUUAGAAGCAAGAAAUUAGAGAAUCCUCAAAUCAUAAGUUAUUCUUAAAAUACCUCCAACAUUCUUCAUACUCUUUCAUCAUUAUAUAUAUAUAACAUUAUUUAAUAAAUAAGAAGUAUUAAGCUUAGUAGUAGUUACAAAGAACUGUAACCUACAGGGAAUAUUCAAACACUGGAAAAUGCCAGGGGACAUUAUUGGAUAGCAUUCAAAUAACCUAGCAAGGAUAACAGCACUAUACAGAAUCACAUGUCAAAACUGCCCAGCUUAAGAAUUUAUUUUGCUCCCAAAGCUUGUUUCUUGGUAUACCACUCAAUGGAUUUGUAUAAAGUACUAUCUGUAUUAACUUAUUUUAUUUGCAAGAAUGACUCACCAUUAGCAUCAGACAGGGCCACAGGCACACACAGUUAACACACAGCAACAACUACAAGCAAGACUGAGUGAUGAGAUGAUGGCCAUUUCUCUCCUAUGUGUUCCUGUCCUGUUUCCCUUAAUCUUCAACUCCAUGUAUCAGUGUUUCCUACUCUUGUUUUUUAUUUGAUGAAGAUGCCUUCAAACCAGUAACAUCUCUGCUGUUAAGCUUUAGUAUUCACAAGAUAAUUAUACUUUCUCCCAUUCCUUCAACUGGUUUUUCUAGGGAUUAGGAUUCAAAAAACACAUUUCUCAGAAAUCCUGGGAAGGAAUUUCCACAUGGGAACAUUAGCCUAGGUCCUGCUCUAGCUCCUGUAGCUUCAUUCUGGAAGGGCAGUGUGGUAUAGUGGCCAAACCAUGUAAGUUGGAAUCAUGCAGACCUGAAAAAUCAUUGAACCCCUCUAAAUCUGUUAUCUCAUCUGGAGAAUGGAGAUACCACCACCAACCUCCAGAUCUGUGGUGAGUAGAAAAUGAUGCAAUUUUAGAACUAACUUCUAGAGUCUCAUCCUUCAGAGUUGGCCAGAGCAGACUCUCAGGGUCAAUAUGUGGCAUAGAAAGGGACAUAUCUAACCUCUUUGAAUGAGAGACAGUAAGCACAUCACGUUUAGAAUCAGAGACUUGGAUUCAAAUCCUAGCUCUGCCACUUUCUUUAAGUGACUUACGCUCUCUGGUCUCAGAUUUCAUCUGCAAAAUGAGGCUAACAACGAGUUAUAAAAUAAAGAACUCAGGACAGUGCCUGGCACAGAGAGUAGGUGUUUAGUAAAUGUCCCCCUGCCCUCUCAUUUCCAGCAAUAGUAACUGACACAGAAGACCACCAGGAAACAGUUUUCUGAUAAAGUGCACAGUAAGCACAGAAAAUGAUCCAAUGAGGGCCGCAGAUAGAUACUUUAAGAAAGCUGGAGAAAAAUCUCUUUUGGAAUUAGCCCCACUUUAAGAAAGUUAAAAAAAAAAAAAAAUCUGAUCUUCUAACUCCAUAAAUUAGAAACUAUGUACUGUAAAGAAAGCUUUAGUUAUUCAAUUCCGUGAAACAUCAAUUUCGGAAGUAUUUGCCAAAUCCUGUGCAAGAGAUCAAAUACAUUAAAAUGUGCCCAACCUCGAGCAGCUCACAAUUGAAAUAUGAGGCUGACAGUGACCAGUACUAUAGAAUGUACAAGAAUAACAGAAACAUCAAGGCAAGAGAGAUUCUUUCCAACCAGGGGAGCCAGGUUUUGCAAAGGAACAGCUAAAUUUCACCAAGCAGACAUGCAGGAGGACAUUCAGGCAGAGGGGACAGCAUGAACCAGAAAUAACAUCACAUGGCAUAAUGAGCCAUUCAGGGCACAAGAGGUAGAAGGUGACAGUGGAAAAGAUGAACCGAGGCCAGGUUAUGAAGGGCCUUGAAAGCCAGACCAAGAAAUUGGACUUUAUCCUGAAAGCAACACGGGCAGUUCAUUUGGGGGUCCCAGUACAUUUUAAGUAGGAUUUACUUUACACAAGCUAGAUUUUCAUAUGUAUCAGAAACUUAACUGUUGUAAAAAUCA